AUGUCAGACGCCGACCGGGCACACUCAGAUCCGGCAACACCCGGGGCGGAGGAUGGCAAAACUGCCACGACCCGGGCUGGCGACAGUAAUGUCGAGGUCGAAGAUACAAAGCCCCCAAACGCUGGGUUCCUGAGGAAGAUACAGAAGAAGCUCAAUCUGGACCUGCCGACAUUACUGCUGAUGCUCAAAGGUGCUUUGCCUCCAGCAAUUGCUCUGGCAGCCUAUCAGAGCGACCGCUGGGCGAAGACAUAUUCGACGUUGGGAUACCUGAUCGCGAUAACGUCGUUCUUGUCACUGCCAAUUCUUCCACGGGCGAAAUUCAUCCAGUCUAUGAUCCUUUCAUGUAUAACAAUUUGCUUUGCUGCGGCAACGGCUCUGCUCUCGAUACGAUGCGCCGUGGCCGCACAUCAACCCAUCCUCUUGACUCCCGCGUCGACGACGACAGGCUCAUCUGGCAGCAAACAAACCCUGCAAUACAGCGGCGCAGCUAAUGUGACGGCAUGCGCCUUCUUGUUCUUCUGGCUGUACUUGGCAAACACAAUUCGAGCCGCCCGGCCGCAGCUUUUCAUCGUCUCGAUUCAGUUCACCAUUUUUGUGGUCGUCGCCCACACAUAUGCAUCCACUUUUCCAACGAUGGAAGCUGGAAUGAAUUUCGUCGAUAGACUAUUGAAGGUUUUCCUGACGGGAUACGCAUUGGCUUCGGGUGUUUCGUUGUGCAUCAUCCCCAUCUCUUCGAGAAAGAUCGCUCAGAAGCAGGCGGCCGGCCUCCUCGAUAUGAUGAAAGCUUCACUGUCAAUCCACAUCGCAUAUCUCCACGGCAUCACUACGUCUCAAACCGGUAGUCCGGGACUUUUGGACGAGAAAGGAAAUCCUUUACCGCUGGACCGCAACCCAGAAGCGCGGGUGUCAAUGAGAGCGGCCGAAGAAGCGGCUCAGAAUUUGAAAGUGACAAUACAGAAAGCGUCCCAACUAUUUGGCCAGCUGAAACUAGAGAUUGGUUUUGCCAAGAAAGAAGUCGGAUGGGGCAAACUACAACCAGACGAUUUCCGCCAAAUCUGGGAACGGCUACAGCACAUUCUGCUUCCAGUCGCGGGUCUGUCCACGUUCAUUGACAUCCUGCAGUCCGUUAAGCGACACAAAGCUGAAAGCGAAAACUUGAUCUCUGAUCUGGACGCAGUCGAAGCCAUCCGGAAGCUCGAGGCAGAGGAAUGGCACGAAGUAAUUGUCAUGUCUCGUGUCCCCUUUCUGAAAAUGAAGGCGACUCUCGUGGAUGGCUUGACCCACGUUGCUUAUGUGCUUGAGUUGGUGCCGCAGCCAAAAACGACCAGCAAGGACAUUGAGAACUCCGCCGACUCGGCUCCAAACCCUGGCCAGCCAGCGUUUGCACAGUACUUGAAGGACCAAAUAGAGAUCUUCCAAGACCACCGCCGGGAGACCAUGCGGGCGUGGUGCGAAAGAAAAGGCAUCGAAGUGCCAACGAAGUUCUGGGAAGAUACGUCUGCGCAGUACAAAUUCAGCGAUGCGACCUCGGUGCACGAAACGGUUCGACAAAAGCAGAACCAUCAGCAGCUGUAUCUCAUCCUUUACCUCGAGUACCUGCUUUUGUCUGUCUGCCAAUCAGUCCUGGAUUUUGUACUGUUCGCCGACUCGAAAGUACAAGAUGGCACGAUGAGCAAGAACAGGCUGAUACUUCCCGGUUGGAGACGCAUCCACAAAUUGAUGCAGAACGCCUUCAAGCAGAUAGACGCGAGCGAAGGUCUCCAAGAUGGACCAGCCUCGGGCAUUUACAUUUGGCUGGGUGAUGCUCUACAAAAGCACAAAGACCCCGAGCAUCUACCACCGACGAAUCUCUAUCAGAGAAUAACCAACAAGCUGAGAGCGAUACCCAAGUUCCUGGCGUCCGAUGCCUCACACUUCGGCUUCCGAGCAGCAACCGCCAGCAUCAGCAUUGCCAUAAUUGGCUAUAUACGGCAGACACACACCUUCUAUCUGGCCCAGCGUGGUAUCUGGGCAGUUGUUAUGGUGGCUAUCAGCAUGGGUGCUCAUGCUGGAGCCGGCGUCCAAGGGUUCGUCCUGCGGAUACUCGGUACUGCAAUCGCAGCGGUCAUCUCAAUCACAAUCUGGUACAUGUGCGAUCAAAAACCAGCGGCAAUCAUCCCGCUGAUCUACCUUGUCUUCGUAUGUGGGAUCUAUGUCAUCCUAAAGCACCCCAAACACCUCAUCACGGCAGUCAUCUCCAUGGUGACGACCAUCCUGAUUGUUGGCUAUGAACUCCAGGACAAGAAAGUCGGCACCCAAAUCCUCACCAGCAACGGCCAGAAAUACUACCAUAUCUACAUCCUCGCGCCAUAUCGGCUUGCCACCGUCAUCAUUGGUCUAGGAGUCGCAUUCUUCUGGACGUAUUUUCCCUACCCCAUCACCACGCAUGCAACCCUGCGCAAGGAUCUAGGCGACACACUCUAUCUCUUGGCAAACUACUACUCGUGCACCCACUCCACGGUCGAAACCCGGCUACGCACAACUCCCUGCCUGGUCAAGGACAAGCGCGCCGACCCUAUGCGUCCAUUGGACAAAGCCCGCCAGCGCGUCUUCGACAAACUCCUCGUCAUGCUCAAUCGCCUGCGCGAACACAGCACCUUCCUAAAAUACGAGCCCACGUUCGGGGGGAAAUUUCCCAAGCAAACAUACGACGAGUUGAUCGUCCAUAUGCAAUCCCUGUUCAACUACAUGGCCCUAACGGCGUACUCGUCCCACACAUUCCAAUCCUCCGGCCCGGAAUCCGACUGGCUCAAGGACUUCCGCCGCCUCACCGCCCGCUCACGCCUCACCUCCCCGGAACUCACCAGCACGCUGUGCCUCGCGAGCGCGAGUGUCACGAACUCACAACCCCUCCCGCCGUACAUCACGGUCCCGCACCCGAUCGACAUUGCCGACCAACUCGCGGCCAUCGAUCCCGCGAUCCUCAGCAUCACGCACAUCAAGGAACCCUGCUACGCGGCGUUUGCGGUGCUGGAGAUCGCGAGCAUCUUGAUCAUGCAGGAGAUGACCGCCGUGCUGAGUAAAGUGCGAGACCUGGUCGGCGAGGUCGACUUCAGCGUCCAUUUCGGUGGCGCGCCCCACAGCGGGAGUACCUUGGCAGGCACAGGCACGUCAAGCGACAGUGACUUGGAUAUGAGACGCGAGGGAAGUCCACAACAUUCGUCUUCGAAUCCGCAUCCACAUCCACAUCUAGCUCCCCAUCGACGUGAAAACAGGGUGGACGACUCCGAGGGUAGCAAGGGCAAGGUCGAUUGA